AUGAAUGGUCCUGGAUUCGAUUGGUUAAAUACCAGUCAGACAAAUACACUUGAACCACCAAACAGACAAUCUGUGCCUAUGGUAAAGUAUGGCAGCACAGACGGCAAUAUCCUGUUUGACCGAUCCCAACCAGUUGUAUCUAGUCAACAUCUUUUCCCAGAACCAACAUAUUUCAAGAAUACCUCAGUUGAUCAGCUAAGUAUGUCUCCUUCCCGUCAAAUACGUGGAUCAUAUGGAGACAGCUAUGAAAGUAUAUUUGAAAAGGCAAGAAGCAGACAUGAUAGUUUGGGUCAUACCCAGGCUUCAGCCCACAUGGAAAUGGCAAGACAUGCAGCAGCUGGGUCUGUUUUUGAUACAGAUGAUACUUCUAUACCUUUAAGCUUAACAGCACAAGAAUUAACAUAUCAAGAAUCAAAAACUUAUAUGAGAUGGUAUAGUAAUAUACUAGCUAGAACUAAUAGUCGAACAAUUACUAUGAAUGAUGUUUUCAAUUUUUUAAAUAAUUUCAAGUUAUCAAAAGAGGUUAAAGAGAAGAUAUGCAAAAUGUUCAGUAAAAUAUUAUAUUCAAUAAAUAUUGGAGAAUUCUUUGCAUUAUUACGAGUCAUAAGUCAUGCUUUACUGGGGAAAGAACCCAGUCGAAGCUUGAUCAAAAUACAAGCACCAGUCCCCACACCUCCUUCAAUUCUAUCCAAAAAGAGACAGAAUGAUGACGAGGAUCAUGAUGAUCGCGAUAAUGAUAUAAAUGAAUCAGCAACAGAGCUUAAUGGUUCAGAGAAUGGAAGCCAAGAUUCUAAUAAACCAUUAGAUAUUGAUAGUUUUACACAAUUUUUACUAACUGGUGAACGUCCUGACGAAUUACGUAAGAAACGAAAAUCCAAAAAAUUGAAAUCAGUUAAGUUUUCAGAUCAAAUAGAUGUACAUGAUUCCUCAUUUGCAAAUUCUCCAUCUGGUUCCCCAAGACCACAAGAACAACUAGACUAUUCCUUGCCUAUGGAUCAAUUAUUAAACCGAAUGAAAUCACAACCUGGCCCUUCACAAUUGCUGCAGGAACAAGAACAAGAAAUGGACGAAGAAGAGAAAGAAGUACUUAAAGAUAUGGCAUCUCAAAUUAAUCAUUUUCAAAAUUUGCAUUCUGUAGAUACAGCAUCUAUAGGCGGUGUACCAUCAUCCUUGCAUUUCCAUGACGGAUACUCAAAUGACAAUUUACUUCAACCUAAUAUGACUGGCCCAGCACAAAUGGCUCACAUGAUGUCUCCAUCUCCAGAACCUGAUUUAUUACAACCAAAUAUGACAGGACCUAAUCAAAUGGCCCAAUAUAUUAAUAGAACUAAUGAUAACCCUUCGCCCUUAAGACCAAAUGUUACAGGACCGGUGGAUAUGGCGAGAAUUUUUGCUCCUGGUAAUGGUCAACAACAAUCACAAGACCAACAGCAACAGCUGCUGCAGUCACAAUCAGGACCCAAAGUUUCAUUACAAGCUUUCACGAGUCAAAUGACAGGAAAUACGAUGGAAAACACAUUACAGAAUGCAAAGAUAGGUCAAGACAUGGAAGCUCUAUCAAAGCCAUUACUCCAAGCUCCAAUUCCACCUGUCAGACAAAGAUCAGUAUCUUCACCAAUGCCACAAACUCCCCAGAUAAGUAUAACUGUUCCCAAUGACAGAAAUGGAUUACAUAGUCCCCAAGUCCCACCUCCGGUACCUCCAAGGUCUCCAUUAGGUAGAGGUCCCCCACCUCCACCUCCAUCCAGAAGAAGAAAUACUACCGCCUCAUCGAAUGUCCCUCCACCAUUACCGCCAAAGGUCCCACAUGAGGCUCCUGCUUCCAAUGGAGGGGGAUUAUAUUCCACUGGUGGGAAUGAUAGCACGGCUAAUAUAUUAGAUGAUUUAAAGGCAUUACAGGAGGAAGUUGAUAGAAUUCGUGAUAUGACUGGUGGGUUUUAG